AUGACAAAGAUUGGUUUGAUUCCAGUGAAAGAUGUCACGAUUCACAUAUCGCCCGUCACAAUAAAAACCUAUCCAACCACAAAUCUUACAUUGAAAGUAAUAUCUCUCAGUCUUGAUCAAAGAGUGCCUUCGAAAGCAAAUUUAGUGCAUCGAACCAUCAUUCAUUGCCCAGUUUGUGAUUGGUGUAAACAGGAGCCGGAGACAACUUUGCAUGCUUUGUGGUCAUGUCAAGAACUUGAUGUAGUUUGGGAAGAUGAAGACCUGUGGGCUUGUCGAAGAUCAGUCACCUUCUUGAAUUUCAAAGAGCUGUUAUCGUGGCUAAUCAAAAAACAGAAUCACCUGGAGCUUUUCUCUAUAGCUGCAUGGUCAAUAUGGACCCAACGAAACCAGGUUCGCUUGCACCAACUGAGCUACAGUCCCCAUCAGAUUGCCUCUACUGCAAAAGAUGGACUUGCAGAAUUCGUCUCAGUUCAGCCAGCCCCUCGAUCUCACCCUCCUAGGACACGAGACCAAUGGCUACCUCCAACUUUGGACAUGAUAAAGAUAAUUUUUGACGGAGCCAUCUUCAACAAGGAGCCCAAGUCCGGGAUUGGAGUGGUCCUGCAUGAUGUCCAUUGUUCAUUGCUAGCCUUUCUAUCUCGACAACUGUCACAGGUUUACAGUCCAUUGGAGAUCGAAGCAAAGGCGGCAUCAUCAGCUCUUCAAUUUGCUGUCAAUUUGGGUUUCAAUCAGGCGGUCUUAGAGGGUGACUCCCAGGUUCUUAUGACGGCACUGGUCAACAACAAUACGUUUUUGUCCUCUGAUGGUUUGCUUAUUGAUGAUGUACGUCUUAGCGCUAGAUUUUUCAUCAAUUACAUUACUCUCAUGUAA